UCCAACUAAAUGUUUCACUCUAUUAAUCUUUAACUAUUUCUCUGUGUGGCAGAUUAAGACAAAGAUGGAAGCAACAUCUAGCGGUGUUUUUGAAAGUGAACAUGAGGCAGUUUCACCAUGCAGCAGAGAUGGUGACAACAAGCUGGGAGCUCAGCUAUCCACCCUCUACUACUUUAUGUUUGUCUUCAGUCUUUUUGGCAACGGGCUGGUGCUGUUCAUUAUCCAUCGGUUCGAGAGGGUGGCCACUGUGACCAACAUCUUGCUGGUGAACCUGGUGAUGUCCUCCCUUAUCUUCAUGAGCAGCCUUCCGUUUGUUGGCAUCUACAUGCAGCUCUCUAACUGGAUUUUUGGCACAGUUAUGUGUAAGAUUGUCGGCAGUGCCUACUUUAUGGGCUUUUACAGUUCUGUCUUCUUUUUAACUCUGCUGACAUUUGACCGACACCUCGCGGUUGUAUAUUCACUACCUGCAGCACAAGUGAGGAAUCAGAGGUAUGCAGUCAUUUCCUGUGCAGUAGUGUGGCUGGUCAGUGGUUUCGCUUGCAUUAGACCGAUGCUCCUCCACAACACUUUUACAUAUAUUGACAACAAAACCUACUGUGAAGAGUAUCCUGGUGACCUUGAUUAUAUUGAUGUGGAGAAGCUGAUAAUUGCUGGAUUUUAUAUUCAGCUUUUCAUUUUCUUGAUCCUCCCUCUGGUUGUUAUUAUCUACUGUUAUGUUAGGAUCACAAUCACAGUCAUAUCAUCCAAAAUAGCAACUAAAUUCAAGACAGUUAGGCUGAUCUUUGUCAUUGUACUGCUGUUUUUUAUCUGCUGGACUCCCUUCAAUAUUGUAAUACUGAUGCAUGAUGAAGCCACUACCUGUGAAGACGCACAGAAACUUGGUUAUGCCCUUCAGAUAACUCGUAACAUGGCAUACUUUUACUUUUGCAUAAGUCCUAUCUUCUACACGUUUGUAGGAAGAAAAUUCCAAGAUCAGACCAAACUGGUGUUGGUGAAAUGUUUUCCAGGCUUGAAGAAGCACAUUGCUGUGACUGAAUGCUACCCAACUAACAUGCCAACAAAAGUUCUAACAACUGAUACUAGUGAUAAGAAGGAAAGUAUGAUUUCUUUAGGAACUAUUGGAAGUGAUGUGUAGGUUUUAGAACUUAACACUGUAUCAUACUAAUCAAUAGCUUACAUAAAAGCCUACAUAUCCACAGCUACAGGUAAUCUAGAUUAAAUUUAAAUAAAUAAGUACAUUUUAUGUACAUAGCACCUUUCCCAGACUGCAGUCACAAAUUGAUUCACAGUAAAUGGUUAAUGCAUGGUUAACCAUUUAUGGUUAUGGAUGGUUAAUACAAUAAAAGGAACAUUUAAAAAAUAAAUAGAGAAAUGAAAACAUCAUAACAACAUACAGUCAGUCAUAGCAGCCCUGGGACCAGUGAGGUUAAAAUGCUUGUUUAACAAUGAAUGUCUUAAUUUGCUUUUUAAAAGCAACCUAAGCAACGCAAAAAGUAGUGUGGGAGUUUAUUCCACCGUCCUGGUCCAACGGCUUGGAAGGAUCUGUCUCCCCCUAGGCAACUGUGUCCUCCUAGAAUGUCGAUGUGCCCCUGGGCAAGGCACUUAACUUCAAGUUGCAACUUGAAGGCAACUUGAGGUGUGCGGUGUAUGAAUGUGAGUGCAAUUGGGUGAAAGUGUCUCUAGUGUAAAGCGCUUUGAGUGGUCUGUAUGACUGGAAAGGCGCUAGUAUUUCCAGUCAUCCUUAGCCUAAGGAUCUCAGGCUACAAGCAUCAGUGUAAGGCUGAAUCAAGUCACAGAUGUGGGAGGAGCCUGCCCGUGCAAUGCUCUUAAUGUCAAUAAAAAAACUUAUUACAAGAACAAAGGGGUGCAAGAGAAAUGCUUAUAAAUGACUGUUUUAUUUACUGAAAAAGUCCAGUAUUAUGGUCGUUUUUAGUUCUACGUCACUGAUUUUAAACAUCCAAUGGAUGAUAAAAAUCCAUAGUGGAAAAGAUCUGCAAAUAGUGCAAAGCUCUAGUUUGUUAUCAUCAUUUUUUUCAACCAUAUUUUAUUUCUUUUGAUCUUCAGGAUAUACAGUUGAAACCAGAUAUUUAAAUACACCAUAUAACAAGUCUAUUUGGAAGACGCAAUGGUUCCCAAGCUUUAACUUACUGGCUGAUGUCAUGAGAUACUGGCUUAAGAGUUCAAAACAAUAUUAUUUUCUCAUAAUGCCAUAUAUGCCAUCUCAUAGUGCACGAGUCCCUCCAGCAGCAGAGCACACACACAUGAUGUUGCCCCCUCUGUACUUUAAAGUUGGGAUAAUGUUCCUAGGCUUGGAAGUUGUCCCCUUUCUCCAAAUGCACCAAUGGUCAUUAUCUCCAAUCUUAGUUUCAUAGAGCACAGGACAUGUCACUAAAACUAAAGGUCUUUUUGUGCAUUUGCAAAUUUUAUCUGGUUUAUUAUGUUACUUUUAAAGGUAAUGUAGUCUUUCUUUCUGAGUGGCCUUUCAGCAUAUCUCAGUACAAGACAUGUUUCAGUGUGAAAAAGAACACUCUUAUUACCUGCAAUCAGCGUUUUCACAAUGCCUUGGCUCUGGGGUUGAUUUGCAUAUUUCACACCAAAAACACGUUCAUCAUUGCAACACAGAGCCCUAUUCCUUCUUGAACAGCAUGAUGGCUGGAUAAUGUGAUGUUGUUUAUACUUGUACAUAUAGCUAAAUGUCAACUAUUUGAACAGAUGAAUGUGGUACCUUCAGGCAUCUGAAAAUUGUACCUAAGGAUGAACCAAAUAUGUGGUUCUUUAGUUUUCUUCCUAAUAUCUUUCCUUAUUUUGUUUGUUUGAUUUUUCUAUGAUGCCACAUAAGUAAGCAGUGUGCUUGAGGUGUUUGCCUAAAAUACAUCCACGGGUGUGUCUCGAUUGAACUCAGAUGUUGUGAAUUAACCUACCAGAUGCUUGAAUAGACAUGACAUCAUCAUCAUCUGGGCUUUCCCAAAUGCAAUGUGAUCUUAGUAUUAGUAAACUUCUAAAUUUGAAGAAAGUUUUAUCUAAAAAAUAUUUAAUUGUUCUGUCAUUUAGGAAAAAACAUUUAAUAAUUUUGGUAACCUUAAUUGACAUAAAACAUGAAACUUUUUGUCAGAUUUAAUGUCAAUGAAACAAAAUGUGUUUCUUCUUUUGCUUUGGAACUAUGUUAAAGUAUAAAGAGUAAUAAGCGUUUAUUUCCUUUGGCUGGUCCAUCACCAAUAUGCCAGUUUAUGUGCACCUUCCCUGCAGGCGAGUUGGCAUUGCCUUGGAUCAUCUAGAGAAGGCUGGUGGGAACAUUGCUUGUUUUGGUUAAGAUGGUUUCAUUAAGGACAUUCAUUAUCUUUUUGUAGACCUCCCUUGUCAUCUAUCCCUAGAAGGUUUAAGUGGGAUUUAGAUCAAGGCAACAUGGUCCAAAAGAGGAACAUUAUUCUCGUUGAACAAGUCUUUAGCCAGAUGGGUGUUGUGAACUGCAUAUUUUUUUUCCUGUUGAGAGUCCAAAUCAUCAACACAUGAUGAAAACCCUCAGUCAAGAUGGAUUUUCCUUGUAAACUUCCAUAAAGCCAGCCACCAUUUGACCCCCCUGCUCAACCUCAAGCUUCUCUGAGUACAUGAAAUAAUUCCCCAUUUGGGAUCUUCUUGCUACACCAACGAAGUUAAAAAAAAAUAAAAUGUUCUCCCACAUUUGAAUAUCCCAUCUUUGGUGCUUCCUUGCAAAGUCCUAAGGGAAAGGUAGGCAGCAUGGAAGGAGAGGUGGCUUGUUCUGUAUUCUUUAAGGCAUUCUCUCACAGUUGAUGUCUUAUGUAAGCAGUAGAACCUGCUCCUUGGUCCAGUUACCUGUCACUGUCUUCAUGGACAGCCCACUUGAUUCUCCAGCUCAAUUAAAGCUGAAUGUUUUUGGGUUAACCACUGAACUUUUCUGUCCCCAACCUUCAUGAUCUUUUAACACAUGACUUCAUUAACACGUAAUAUUGUUUUAUUGCGUCCAUCCUCAGCAGCUAUGUGCAGCUCAACACUCCCGACACAUUUAAAGACGGAAAGCCUUUCUGCCAUCAGUUGUUCAUAACAGAGAAGAAUACAUUACAGAAAACAACGUAAAAAACAGAUGGUCUUUUAUUUUUAACAUCAACAGCUUCUAUGAGGUAAAUACACAUUUCAAUGAUUUGGCUACCCCAUUGGUUUUGUCUGUGUGUGCGCCACUACUUGCAUGGUUAAUAUUUUUACAGUUUCUGUUAUUGUUGAUAAUAUGAAUGCUUACUAUGUUCUGUAACUGAAAAUGUUCAUGUUUUUGUUUAAUAAAAACACUUUACAAAUA